GUUGUUACGACUAUGACCACGACCUCUCGGCGGAACCUAUUUGUUGACUUACACACAUUGCGCUGGCGUUAUACCGGAAAAUUAUACCCUCACACUGUCACCGCAACUGUCUGAAUCAAACUCAUGGCUGUGGACAAUUUCUCCUACAAGGACAGCAUACGAGCUGCUUUGGCCUCGUGCAUGCCAUGCUUUAGUAGCAUAGCGCCUGUCAACUCCAAUGAUAAUGCCCAUAGCGAUGCCAGAACCCAUAGGUCGCCAUCAAACGAACUCGAAGGGCUCUUGCGUGACACAAACACAGAAAUAGAAACGCUCUCUCUGCACUCAAACAUCGGUGCUGGCCGGAGAAAGCCUCGAAAGCGCCCUGCAUUCUCGCUGACACUCUUUGGGUACACGUUAUUCGGCCGCCCGCCGAUUUACCUUUCGGACGAUGAAGACGAACGAGGAUGGAGGAGGAGAGCACUUGGCACUGCAUCAUCAUCCACGCUAGACUCGGAUGCAGCACCGCUGGAUGCAUCGACUAUUGCUCGCCUGUCGUCUCCAGACCGUGCAGAAGCCGAGCAGCAUAGACGUGAUGAAGAAGCACAGCGGAAGGCAGAGAGGAAGGCACGGCGCAGGGAGCGCAAGGAGCGAGAGCGCAUGUCUACUUUACUCUCACUCAAUGGUAACUCUCUUGUCAAAGAGAGUGGUUUCGAGGGGUUCCAAGGCAGUGGGGAAUCCGCGAUACCCUCGCUGCCAGCCAGUGAAUUUGGGCCAUUUGUGCGGGGACAAGAAGAAUUGUCAGCCGUAGGAGGAGAAGGAGAAGGCUCUGAGGAUGUCGACGAUGCUGACCUUGGCGGGGAGUUGUACACCCGCAAGAAACGCCAUUCUGUUUGGAGUGGUUCGGGUUCAGAUUCUCGCUCUCGGACAUCUGCGUCGGUCUCCAACGGAGAUGCAAAUUUACAUUACAACCAUCAUCAGCCUGAGCUGGCACAAGCUGUCCCACCGUCAUACCCACAGACCGAAAUGCAGCUGCCCAACUCAGCCAAAAAGUCAAAACACCGCACGUCAAAACGCUUCUCGCCCCUCUCGUCUUCAACAGCAUCACAGUCCACGGCACCUUAUACUCCCGCACCGUCCAUUUCUGUGUCUCCAGCCGUUGCUGCAUUCCCUGUCCCCCAUGAGCGCAUGGGGCACGCCAUUGAGGGAGAGGAUGUACGGGGAUUUCCAAGCGUUGGACUGUCGAGCGCAAGAGGGAAAACGAGAGAGAUGGGUGUGUUCCUCGCUAGCCGAGAGGCUGCUCAGUCGUGAUUGGGAGUGUAAACAACAGUGUGCUUUAUUUUUUGGUAUGCACAUCUACAUUUAUCAUGUAUGGAUACUUAUAUUGUUCUGUGGAUGGGAUUUAUGCUAUGAUAUCAGUGUUUUUUUAGAUGCUUUGAGC